UGUGGCAGGCGGACCGGAGGCGGAAAGCCCGGAGUGACCGGAGGAAUACAGUAUUACAGGACUACAGGCUGCCGCUCUCAUCUGAACGUGGACAAUCAUGCAUGUGCUCUUCUGGGGCUUGGGGUUCCUGCUAUUCCCUGAUUUCUUGAAUGUAGUCGCAUCUACGGGGAGAUUGUUUCUGAAUUCAAGCAAAGUAAAAGAGGAGAUUGGCGCUUAUGAGAUUGUAACACCGGUGCGAGUGAAUGAAGCCGGUGAUAAGUUUCCUACCAGUGUGCACUUCAAGAGGAAAAGACGAAGUUUGGACGAGAGCUCCGGCAAUAUCACGGAUCAAUGGGCCUCGCCAAAUAUCCACUACAGGAUAUCUGCUUUCGGACAGAACUACCACCUCAACCUCACGCUGGAUUCGGGAUUUAUUGCACCUCUCUACACUGUGACAAUACUUGGAGUACCCAGAGGAGGUAACAUAACGGAUUUUUCACCAGAUCGGGAGGUGGAGGAGGAGGAGGAGGAGGAGGAGGACACGGAGUUAAAGCACUGCUUUUAUAAAGGACAUGUGAAUGCUCAAGCAGAACACGCCGCGGUCAUCAGUUUGUGCUCCGGACUGCUCGGCACUUUCAGGUCUCCGGAAGGGGAGUAUUUCGUGGAGCCCCUUCACAGCUACCAAGGAGAACACUAUGAAGAAGAACACACAAAACCUCAUAUUGUAUACAAGAAAAGUGCACCCAAGAAACAGACAUCCGGGGAGGACUCAGCUUGUGACACAUCAGGACACAAACACAGACAUAAGAGGCACAAGCUGAAGCGACGGUCGGCGGCGGGGGUGACCAUUGUGUCGGACCCAGCCCCUGUGGUCAGCGGGGGCAUGUUCCAUGACUUGGAAUCACUGAGCGCGGGGCUGGCCAGCAAUGCCUUAGCCAGAUCAGAGGGCGCCAGUCUUAGCGCUAGACCAUCAAAUGAUAGCAGCGGUGACUCAGGACCUCACAGGAGAUCAAAGCGCUUCCUCUCCUACCCGCGCUUCGUUGAAGUCAUGCUGGUGGCCGACAGCAAAAUGGUGGAGCAUCAUGGCAGCAACCUCCAGCACUACAUACUAACCUUAAUGUCCAUUGUGUCUUCCAUCUACAAGGACCCCAGCAUUGGCAAUCUGAUUAACAUUGUGAUUGUAAAGUUAGUCAUAAUAAACAAUGAGCUGGACGGUCCCAUCAUUUCCUUUAAUGCACAGACCACUUUAAAGAACUUUUGCAUUUGGCAGCAGAGCCAGAACAUCCUGGACGACAACCACCACUCCCACCAUGACACUGCCAUUCUCAUCACCAGGCAGGACAUCUGCAGAGCGAGGGAUAAGUGUGAUACUUUAGGGCUUGCGGAGUUGGGGACAGUGUGUGAUCCAUACAGGAGCUGCAGUAUCAGUGAGGACAAUGGACUCAGCACUGCAUUCACCAUCGCCCACGAACUUGGCCAUGUAUUCAACAUGCCCCAUGAUGACAGUAACAAAUGCAAAGAGGACGGAGUUAAGAUUCAGCAACAUGUGAUGGCCCCUACACUGAACUACAACACUAACCCUUGGAUGUGGUCCAAAUGUAGCAGGAAGUACAUCACCGAGUUCCUCGACACAGGAUAUGGUGAGUGCUUGCUCGACGAGCCUGUUUCUAGGCCGUACAGUCUCUCGCAGCAGCUGCCUGGACGGAUAUACAAUGUCAAUAAACAGUGUGAAUUGAUAUUCGGGCCGGGGACACAGGUGUGCCCUUAUAUGACCCAGUGUCGUAGGUUGUGGUGCACCAGUCCAGAGGGGGCCCAGCGGGGCUGCAGGACCCAGCACAUGCCAUGGGCAGACGGCACUGACUGCUCCCCUGGAAAGCACUGCAAGCAUGGCCUAUGUAUAGCCAAAGAGCAUGACGCCACACCUGUGGAGGGUGCAUGGGGCAUUUGGAGUCCCUUCGGUACCUGUUCGCGGACGUGCGGCGGAGGCAUCAAGAUCGCCGUGCGCGAGUGCAACCGACCCGUGCCCAGGAAUGGGGGUAUGUACUGUGUGGGUCGCAGGAUGAAGUUUCGUUCCUGUAACUCUGAACCCUGCUCCAAACAGAAGAAGGACUUCAGGGAGGAGCAAUGUGCUGCCUUCGAUGGCAGGCACUUCAACAUCAACGGUCUACCUCCUAAUGUUCGUUGGGUGCCCAAGUACAGCGGCAUCCUCAUGAAGGAUAGGUGUAAGCUGUUCUGUAGGGUGGCAGGCAGCACGGCCUACUAUCAGCUCAGGGACAGGGUCAUCGAUGGCACGCCGUGCGGACCCGACACCAAUGACAUCUGUGUGCAGGGCCUGUGCAGGCAAGCGGGCUGUGACCACGUAUUGAACUCUAAAGCCAGGCGGGACAAGUGUGGCGUGUGUGGAGGUGACAACUCCUCUUGCAAAACGGUAGCAGGCACCUUCAACAUCGUCCGCUACGGCUAUAAUGAAGUGGUGCGAAUACCCAGUGGUGCUACAAAUAUAGAUGUGCGUCAACACAGCUACUCAGGGAAACCGGAAGAUGACAACUACCUCGCUGUCUCAAAUAGCCGUGGAGAGUUCCUGCUUAACGGGGAGUUUGUGGUCAGCAUGUUCAAAAGGGAAAUCAAAGUGGGAAACGCCAUCAUCGAGUACAGUGGCUCUGACCAUGUCGUUGAGAGGAUCAACUGCACUGACCGCAUUGAGGAGGAGAUCAUUGUCCAGGUGCUGUCAGUUGGGAACCUUUACAACCCAGAUGUCAGGUACUCUUUCAACAUUCCCAUAGAAGACAAACCUCAGCAGUUCUUCUGGGAUGCCUAUGGGCCCUGGCAGGAGUGCAGCCGCCUGUGCCAAGGAGAGCGCAAGAGGAAGAUCCUAUGUAGCAGAGAGUCAGACAGGGUAGUAGUGUCCGACCAGAGGUGUCACGGCACAGCCAGGCCUGCUGUGAUCACCGAACCCUGCAACACAGAAUGUGAACUCAGGUGGCACGUGGCCCGCAAGAGUGAAUGCACAGCCCAGUGUGGCCUGGGAUACCGUACCCUGGAAAUCUACUGUGCCAAAAUCAGCCGCACAGAUGGCAAGACCCAGAAGGUUGAUGACCGCUACUGUAGCAACCAGCGCAAACCUGAUGACAAAGAGGUUUGCCAUGGAGACUGUAAUCCAGGUGGUUGGGAAUACUCAUCGUGGUCAGAGUGCUCCAAGAGCUGUGGUGGGGGCACCCGCCGUCGAGGGGCAGUAUGUGGAAAGGCAGCCGAGGCCGGGGGCGAUGAGAGCAAAUGUAGUCAAAGGGACAAGGUGACCGUCCAACCCUGCAAUGAAUUCCUCUGUCCACAAUGGAAGACUGGCGACUGGUCUGAGUGCCUGGUGACUUGUGGGAAAGGUUACAAGCACCGCCAGACUUGGUGCCAGUUUGGGGAGGACCGUCUAGACGAUCGCUUCUGUGACUCGUCUAAACCCGGGUCAGUGCAGACAUGCCAACAGCAGGAGUGUGCCUCUUGGCAGGUCGGACCCUGGGGACAGUGCACUACCUCGUGUGGGCCAGGCUACCAGAUGCGAGCAGUGAAGUGUGUGGUGGGCUCCUAUGGCGCCGUCAUGGAUGACACUGAAUGUAACGCUGCCACCCGUCCCACUGACACCCAGGACUGUGAACUGGCCCAGUGUCCCAGCAGCCACCCUGUUCCCCCAGGGACCAAAGUCCCGUCCCACCAGGGCCACAAAACCCAGUGGCGGUUCGGCUCCUGGACUCAGUGCAGCGCCAGCUGUGGCAAAGGGACGAGGAUGCGGUACGUGAGCUGCCGUGACAACCAGGGUGGGGUGGCCGAGGAGUCGGCUUGUGCCCACCUCCAGAAACCCCCUGCCAGGGAAGUGUGCUCAGUAGUCGCCUGCGGACAGUGGAAAGUGUUGGAAUGGACUUCGUGCUCAGUAACCUGCGGCCAGGGGAAGACCACGCGACAAGUGCUGUGCGUCAACUUCAGCGACCAAGAAGUGAAUGCGAGCGAGUGUGACCCAGAUGAUCGUCCCACCACAGAGCAGGACUGUGCCAUGUCCCAGUGCCCGUCCCGCUCCAGUGAUUCCCGGCCUUUCCCGUCCUUGCCAAAUGGAGCCAACAGGAGCAACUUGCCCCGCAGCCAAGCCCACCAAUGGCGGACUGGACCCUGGGGUGCGUGCUCCAGCACAUGUGCCGGAGGCUUUCAGCGGCGUGUGGUGGUGUGCCAGGACGAGAAUGGCUACUCUGCCAACAACUGUGAGGAGCGCACCAAGCCCAUCGAGCAACGCUCCUGUGAGUCCGGGCCCUGUCCACAGUGGGUCUAUGGCAACUGGGGAGAGUGUACCAAACCAUGUGGGGGUGGGAUCAAGACAAGGCUGGUGGCAUGCCAGCGUCCCAAUGGUGAGCGGUUCAAUGAUCUGAGCUGCGAGAUCCACGACAAACCACCGGAUCGCGAGCAGUGCAAUACUCAGUCGUGCCCGUCUAGCCCCCACUGGAGCACAGACCCAUGGAGUUCGUGCUCAGCCUCCUGUGGCCGAGGGUUCAAGUACCGCAAGGUGAGCUGCGUGACCCGGUCAGGCCGUCCGAUCCCAGAGGAGAACUGCCAGCACCUGUCGUCCAAGCCCAGCAAGCAGAGGCGCUGCCGAGGUAGCCGAUGUCCCAAGUGGAAGACUGGCAACUGGGGAGAGUGUUCGGCAUCGUGCGGCGACGGAGUACAGCGACGGGAAGUCUUCUGCCAGGUCGGAGCCCGCCGGAGCCCGCAGGAGACCGACUGCCCGCAGCCGUCCCGACCGGCGUCCAGCCAGAGCUGCCGGGCCGCCGACUGUCCCUCCCGGUACCGGUGGAGAGAGGAGGAGUGGCAGCCGUGCAGUAAAUCAUGCGGAUCAGGCCACCGCCAUCGAGCCUUGCAGUGUGUGGACCAGAACCAAAAUGAGGUCCAUGAGAUCUACUGUGUGAACCAGCUCAGACCCCCAGACUCAGAGAGCUGCAACACCCAGCCCUGCGAAUUCAUCUGGAUCACUGGGGAAUGGACGGAGUGCUCAGCCAGCUGUGGUCAAGGCUACCGCCAGCGUCUGGUCUCCUGUAGUGAGGUGCAUGCAGGGAAUGACAACUAUGAGUACGGCCAUCAGUCUUCAUCCAACUGUCCUGGGAUGCCCCCAGAGAGCUACAUGUCGUGUAAUCUUGGCCCGUGCUCGCCUCUGCAGGAGUGGAGGGUUGGAAUUUGGGGACAGUGUUCAGUGACCUGUGGGGAUGGAGUGAUGGAGAGGACGGUGCAGUGUGUGUCAGCAGACGGACAGGAAAGCAAUAGGUGCUCUCUGGACACCAUGCCAGAGGCCAGGAAAGCCUGCAGAAAGCUAAGCUGCCGUUUGCCCACGAGCUGUCAAGACAUCCUGAGUUUGAACGGCCCCCUUCCAGAUAGCGAGCACGUUCUCAAUAUUCAAGGAAAAGCACUCAAGGUCUACUGUGCAGGAAUGCAGACAGAGAGGCCACGGGAGUACAUCACCUUGACAACCGGAGAAGAGGAGAAUUUUUCAGAGAUCUUUGGCUUCAGACUUAACGACCCCACCCAGUGUCCAUCCAAUGGUUCCAGGAGAGAGGAUUGUGAGUGUCGGAGAGACUACGCCACUGCUGGCCUCUCCACCUUCUCCAAAGUCCGCCUGGACCCCAGCAAGAUGCACAUCAUCACCACGGACUGGCAGUUUGCAUUCACCCGCGAAGGCCAAAGAGUUCCCUUUGCCACAGCUGGAGACUGCUACAGCGCCGCCCGCUGUCCACAGGGCCGUUUCAAGAUCAACCUCUCUGGAACAGGUUUCCAAGUGGCUGAGGACACCAGUUGGAUCUCCCAGGGCAACUAUGCCGUGUCUGAUAUACACAAAUCACAGGAUGGCAGCACAGUAACAGGAAUGUGUGGAGGCUACUGUGGUAAAUGCACUCCAUCUUCUGGCUCUAACCUGCCUGUGACAGUGGCAUAGAUCUGACACCAUUCACCAGUCCUCCUCAGGUGCUCCUCAUGGCAAGAAGAAGUCCCUCCUCUCUCAGUGGUGCUGCAGCUCAAACCCGUCCUUUACACGACCUCUUUCCCUCCAUUGUGUACAUAAUGUAAAUGACUCUGGUGUAAUUAAUGUACAUAGCAUGGUAAAAAAAAAAAAAAAAAUUAUUUAUUCUACUCCACAUUUAUUUUUGUAUUGUAAUAUAAUUUAAGGGUUUUAUUUUCAAGAGUAAACACCGCACAGUGUCUUAUUCACCAUGCAUCAGAUAUCUGCCAAGAUGUGCCUUCCGUUGUGGACAUUUGCCAUUUGGACAUUUUAGCACUGUCAAUCCACACUGCCAUAUGUUUUU